UUAUACAAUCAAUUUUAUUUUGUUUUGUUAAAUUUGCAGGAUAUAGUGAUAUGGACAAAGAAGUCAGUGAAAUGGCCUCACUUAGAGUUAGGCAUCGAGUCCAGACACAACAUAUAGUUCAAGUGAACGGUUGCCUAUCAUCCUUUCAAAAGGAACGUUUAAAGUCAACACCUUUCAAGUGGUUGGUGGAUAUGGUUGAUGAUAUGGUUAUUUCUAGCCCUAUUCUUAUAGAGUUAAUCAGUAGGUGGCAAAAAAAUGCCCGAUUACACAACGGAGCAGUUACAACUUAUUCGACAACAAACGGUGUGUGAUUGGGUAUUACAUGAAGGAAAUAUGCAUAGAAGUACAGUAAUGAAGAACUGUGGAAUGCUAUAGCAAAUGAAGAAGUCAUGAAAUAGGAUAUAACUUGUAAUGAUGUUGCUGGAAUAUGAUAGAAUAUGAAACAAUUUUUGUUCUAUGGUUUUUUAAGUUGUUUACUAUGUAUAGUGAAGGAUUAGUUAUGCACUAGUAUCACCAACGUCCAUUUUGUGUACAUAAGCUAUUAACUAAAUUAGCAGAACUUGCAGUGAACAAAAGUUAUCGAGCAAAUAACCAUAUAAAACUUAACAGAUAACCACUAACUGUACGAAAAAUAUUUGACAUUGAAAUUGAAGUUCAACACUUGUAUUGUUGUGUCGUCCGUCUCUCUUCGUUCAAGCCUUGCUUCUUCUCGUUCGUUCAAGCCUUGUCUCUCGUCCGUCUUCUCUCUCGCUGUGUGACUGCAUCCUGGACAAUGAGAACAUUAGCAGAAUGGAAG